AUGUGUCACACCAGCUGUUCUUCAGGGUGCCAGCCCUCCUGCUGUGUGUCCAGCUCCUGCCAGCCUUCCUGCUGUGUGUCCAGCCCCUGCCAGCCAUCCUGCUAUGUGUCCAGCCCCUGCCAGUCAUCCUGCUGCAGGCCUGCUAUAUGCAUUCCUGUGAGAUACCAGAUAGCCUGCUGUGUACCUGUGAGCUGCAGACCCACUGUGUGCAUGACCCCCUCCUGCCAGUCCUCUGUGUGCGUGCCCGUGAGCUGCCGGCCAGUCUGUGUGACCUCCUCCUGUCAGUCAUCUGGGUGCGGCCAACCGUCCUGCCCCACCCUGGUCUGCAAGCCUAUUACCUGUAGCAACCCCUCUUGCUGCUGA